UUAAGAAACAAUUUUCAUUUCUCAGUACGUCAAACAUGGAGGAAGAUCGUCUUUUCGAUGAAAGAAUUUCUAUUCGAGAAUCUGCACGACCAUUAAAAAAAUACGGCAGUACGUGUAAUCAUAUGAAAAGGAAUGAAGAAUAUAUAAAACAUGUGAUGGCUAAAGGUGACACACUGCAAGGAAUUGCUUUGAAAUACGGUGUAACAAUGGAGAAGAUAAGAAGAGCAAAUCGUUUGUUCGCAUCGGAUAGCUUGUUUUUACGAGAGUAUCUUUUGAUUCCUGUAACCAAGGAUUCUCCGUUUUACGAGAAUGGAGAAAGGGUGAAAGAGAUAGCACCUUCGAAUCACCGUGCAUCAAUCGCGGGAAUGCCUACACGAGAUUUCUCUCCUGGCAGUCCAGAUGAAAAAGAAUCCUUUGACAACUUCCUGAAUAGGCUUGACUCUUCAAUUGCAACCAUAAAAAAACAUGUUGAAAAAACUAAGGAGAACAGCGAAUUCGUAGAUUUCGAAGAUGACUUUGUGCGACAUCGUCCAACAGCUCGGCUGCGGCAAUCGGCAUCUAUGGGUGCUUCUACGUCGUAUAAUGAAGUAAUACCGCCGCCAUUGCCGCCUCCCCCUGGGCUUACGCACGGCCGACGUGUGGAUACCUCACUGAAACGGCUCGAAAGGACACAUGACGACCUCUUUCAGUUGUAGCGCCCGAUACAGCGCAGAUAUGCGCGUUUCUAAUCAUCACGUCUGCAAUGAGGGCGCGUCUGCGAUCGUUAGGUGGCUUGCGUAUGCAUACGUAUAUGUAAAGCAAACGUAACGGCUGCUGAACUGACACAUUGGAGGGGUCUGAGAGUGAUAUUAGAUAUGUUAUGAUCUGUUUAACUAGUGUUUGCAUCUAGGAGGUAAAUUUUAACUUUUCUCAAUAAUGUUUGUUGCACCUUCAAGUUAAAGCAAAACGUAUUUAUUAGUUUGAAAAAUCGCUUUCGCGAACAAGUAUUCCUUAGUUUUUUUGGAUAGAUUUACCUCCUAGGAGUUUCUUAUUUAUUUCAUAUAACUGUUUGUUCAUUUGCAUUCUACUUCAUUAAAAUUAUGAGCUACACUGUGUAAAAAUGUAUAGAAAAUAAUAUUUUUGUAAAUUCAUGUUUCUUAACUUUUCAAAUUCCGGUCUUCAUGGCCUGACCACUAUUCCAUGGUAUCAAUCACCGUACAAUGCUUAUUAGCUAUACAUUUAUAUUGCUGCUUUAUAUGCUAUACACAGUAAAUUGACCAUAAGUUUUCUAUGCAAUGGUCAAUUGUCAAUUUAGUAAAUACGUUUUUAUCAGUUCAUAUAAUUGCAGAUUUUUAUUUUUGUUAAAUGUUGCUGGCAUAAAAAUUAAGUUGAGCUGCUGCACCUCUUGUUACCUUAAAUUUUAAUUUAUUUAACGGAUUUAAAUGCGUAUUUAAUAUUUAGAUAAUAGUUUCACGUGCAUUGCACCAAUCUAACCAUUAGUUGGACGUUCACGUAGAGUAGGAUGCAAAUCAUAUAGCUGUUUCGUAAUGAUGCACAGAAAUGUAAGUAUUUUUCUUUAUCCACAAUACUUGGCUACACACGUCUACUAAAGUUAUAUAUCAUUGUAGGAGAAUAGUAUUAUCACGCUUGGUCACGUGACAAUUUCCAUACAAAUUCGUAUCUGGUGUACGCGUCACUGUUCGGCUGACUUCAGACUUUAAUUAGCAAUAAUAAUGUUCAGUGCUGAACCACGAGUGGAUCACGGACAGAUAAAUAAUUGUCUAUAUAUAAUGAAGCCAUAGGUUGCUAUGCCAAUUUUGUUACAUAUAUAUAUAUAUAUUUAAAGUGUUUAUUUUGUUUUCUAAACUAUUAACUUAUGGUGAUUUGUGCAAUACUUUUGUUCAUAAUGUUGUUAAUGAACCUCGUUAUAUAACGAUAUUGACGUUCGUUAAUUGGUUGGAAUCGCGCACGUUGGACAAAUUUUUAUGCAUACACCAUAUCAUCUUCAAUAUACACUUUUAAAGCUAUGCCAAUUGCAAUAUAAUAUUUGUAGGCGUUUGGAUUAUAUUAAAGGUUACGUCUAGAGAUUUUACUAUUUUCUAUGGCUAGCCACUUGCCUUUAAAGUCUGUAGAGUCGAAGUCAUCCUUUGAUGGUACUAAUUAAAUAAUCCCAGAUGAUCCUUUAUUAAUAAAGCUACAAUUUGUUAAUACAAAAAUAAUAUCGUUUUCUGCUGAUAUUUUGACGUUAUUCUGUCAGCUGGCCUUCAACCUUCAACCAGGGGCUUGUGACAAAAUCACCAAAGGAAUUUGUAUGAAAAUGGUCACGUGACAAGCUAAUGUUAUUCCAGUAGAAAUAUAGUGAGCGUGUCAAUACUGAUAAAAAGUGGUUUUGUCCCAGUCCCAGGGCCGCAAAGCAAGACAAGACCUCUAUGAUAGUAUCUCGUUACAGCGAAAAAUUAUGUCACAAUUUAUAUUUUAGUCCUGUUUAAAAUAAUAUCUCAAAUUACGUGAUAAUGCGCUAGUCAUUUUCGCGCUUGGCGAUAUUAUAGACACUGGAGGCUUAGAUAUCGUCUUAACACGUCCUAUAUAAUUAAUAAAAUAAAAACAUAAUAUAGCAAUAACUCUUCGUUGUCUCGGAUUUUACGAAAUAACGGUCGGAGUUUUCAUUGGUCAUUUAUAAGUUUAAAAACAUUACAUUUCUCGUGUACAUUGUCCAUUUUAAAGUACGACCCCUUCAAAUGUUAUUGUUAUUGAAUGUAAUGCCAUAAACUUAUCUGGCCCGGUCCAAUUGGAUCGGAUAAGUUUGUGGUAAAUUUUCUUUUUAGUAUAAUCAAAAUUAAAUAUAAUUGUAAAACAACAAACGUUGUUAUUCUGCUUAGUUUCUUACGGAGAAAUAUAGAUGGCGCUUUACACAAGUAUUUUGAUUAUUAAGAAAUAGACCAGCAUACCUCAACCCCCUUAUGGGCCGUUCAAGUAUUACGUAAGCAGUAGGGGGGGGGGUGUCGUGAUCAGUAAUUAUUUACUUUUUUACACAUAUUACCCACACAUUGUCUUUGCUUGAAAACGAUAUACAUUUUUGAGGAUUCCUACAAAAUGAAUACGUUAAUGUACUAUUAUUUUUGAGAGCUUUGUGUAUUUUUGCUGAUAAGAGAAAGGGGAGGGGUGGGGAAUUGCAGUAAAUCUGCUCACGUAACCGUGACCUUAUCAACUUAUCUAGAUCAAAGCGAUCACCUACUUUAAACAGAUGUAGAAAUCUAAGACCUAAUUUCAUAUUCAGAGUCCAGAUUUACCGCUAAGUGUAUAUCAAAAACAUUGCAUUUUUAAACAUUUGUCAUAUGUUAAUCACUUAGUGUUAAAGUCUUGAUUGUGAAUCAUACCCUAAUAUUUUUCAAUUUCGCCUUUGGAUUUAUUUAUGAUCAUUAUCGGGACUAAGUAGAAAAGCAAAUUUUGUUACGUUGUUAUUAGAAUUAGUCUUGUAAAUUAAUGUUAAAACGUACAUUAUCUAUAAAGAGUUGUUAACCCUCUCAGUGGAAAAUAUACAUAUUAGACUAAAUUAAAAGGCACUAAAUAAUACUGUGUUAAUAAUCAAUGUUGAGCUUUAUAGUAUAAUAUAAUAAGCUAUAUGUAUAAGUUAUAAUGCUGUACAUAUUGGUGAGUUAACGUUAAAAAAUUUAACAGAUACAUACAUAAUGUAUGGAUGUUUUGGUUUUAUUUUCUAUAAAUGUAUAAAAGCUGUUUGUUUACCAAAUUAUCGCUUUAUAAAAUUUAUAAGAAAAAAUAA